AUGAACGCUUUGACUGUGAUUUCCGUGGCAGCCCUUGUGGCUAGCGGCAGCGCUUCCCUGCUUGCGUACAACGGCGUAUAUGGAGGCCAUCACGGCCUUCUUGGCGCCUAUCCUUAUGCAGGUUAUUCUGGUCUGCACCCUUACUCAUACGCAGGUGUCCUUCCUACAGCUGCUCAUCUCAACCUCAAAACACCUGUGGUCAACACCCUGGCUCCUGCUCCUGUCUCUUACAACGUAGCUCCCUUCGCACCUGUAGCACCUGUCCAGUCUCAGUACCACGCUCAGGAUGAGCUCGGUCAGUAUUCCUUCGGUUACGCUGGCGGUCCUUCUUCACGCGCUGAGUCUCGCGACGCCUUCGGUGUUGUCCGUGGUUCAUACAACUACGUGGACUCUGAGGGAAAUGUUCAGACUCAGCACUACGUGGCCGACGCCCUCGGAUUCCGUGUGUCUGGAACCAACCUUCCAGUGGCUCCCGACGCCCCUGUAGCUGCUCCUCUGGCCGCCCUUCCCGGUCCCCUUCCCGAACCCGUCCAGGACACUGCCGAGGUAGCAGCCGCUAAGGUCGCCCAUCAGCAAGCCUACGACGAAGCUGCAGCCGCCGCCGCUGCCGCCCCCGACACCCGCAAGAAGCGCUCCGUCCUUGCGGCUCCCGGCCUCGGCGUCUACUCUCCUCUCCGUUUCUCCUACGGCUUCUCCACUCCCCUCCACUACGCCCACCCAGCACCCUAUGCUUCUCCUCUUCACUACACUGCCGCCCAUCCCGCCCUCACCACCUACAACGCCGCCCACGCCCCCACCACAUACGCCGCCGCCGGGCCCGCUCUCCGUGACGCCGAGCUCCUCCGUGUAGUCCACAACCCCAGCCACGCCACCUCCUACCGCGUGCUCAACUGA